GGACAACACUGAGACACAGAUACACAGGAAACUCAAAAUAAACACACAGAAAAACACGGAACAUGACAAUUAUAUUGUUCAAACGUGAGAACGACACAGUUACAACGCGGUGUAACCCUGUUUUCCUUUUACCUGAAGGACAGCUUCCGUACGCAGCUUUCAGCGUUCGUGUGUCUUGGUAACACGUUUCCGUGGCAACCAUGGAGCGCUCUAACACAAGCAGGAAGCGAGGCCGCGGACGAGGUAAGAGCAGGAAGAGUUCCCGUAAAGCUUCAUCUGGUGAGCCGGUACUGCCAGAUGUUGAUCCUGACAGCACUGAGCUGCUGGCGGAGGAGAAACUCUCAGCCCUCCAUAUAGCUUGCCUGUAUGGUGAACUGCAUACUAUCCGGCUCAUAAUAAAGGCCAGGCCGUUGUGGGUCAACCUCGGUGAUUCUAAAGGUCGCCGGCCCCUGCACAUCGUUCUGUCCUCACAGCGGUUCUCCAACACGUACACCAUUUUCAAAUACCUGAUGGAGCAAGGAGCUGAUAUCAACGCUGCAACAAAUUCAGGGGAAACCCCGCUGCACACUGCCGCCAGCAGGGGCCUCCUCAGCUGCACAGAAAUGCUUGUGAACGCAGGAGCGGAUAUUUUGGCAAGGGACAAAAUGGGGCUGACGCCUCUGGACAUGGCGCACAUCUGGAACCACAGGAAGACAGCACGGUACUUGAAGCACUGCUUGUGGUAUUGUGAGAAGCAGGACGAAAUGGAGGAGACACAGUUGACUCAGAUGUUAUACAGAGAGCUCAUAGAUCUGGUCAAGCAGAAAAAUCUGAAUGAAAAGUCCCUUAUUGAAGCGAAGGUUGAAGAGUGGGCAAAGAAGAGAGGCUUGUCUCCGUUGAAGACGCUCACGCCCAGAUCCAAGGCGUCCAAAUACCACAAUAACUGCAGCUCACCAGAGAAGAACAAGAGGCAACCAAAACCUACCAAGGGAGAGUCCAAACACAUUCAAGAAAAGAAGGACGUCUCCAAAGCACAGCAGCCCCCCUUACCCGACAGUCCCUGGACUGUCUUUGGCCUCCACCCAGAGAAACCCUGCACAGACCCAGACCUCAGGAAAGAUGUCAUGUUGUUGAAGAACAGCAUCAACCAGAGGCUUCACUACAUGACCAAGUGGGACACAGCGCCUCACCUCGCUCCCGACCUGCCUCUGGACAAGAUUCAGAGAUUGUUGUUUCCCAGAGCGUUUUCUUCUCGGCUCAACACGUCAUGGGACUUUGAGCCGCGGGACAUCAAGAAAGUCCAGCACAAAGGUUUCCCUCAGGGAAGGAGCACCUCUCCCUGGACAGAGGUGGUCAUGCACCUGGUUGAGGUCCUGGAGCUGGGACACUACUAGUCUUUCUCAUGUCCAGGCAAUAAAAUUAAGUAUAAAAUCCUUUAUAACAUCAUGGAGGAAAAAUUUUGAGGCUUCGCACGUAGAUGUAGAUGCUGUUAGAACAAAUAUCUGUCUACUUUAGUGUCAACAGUCUUCCUGAGUAAAACAACUUUGAUCAAAUAUCUAUCAGAUUACACAGUUUGCACAAGUUUCUUCCAUUAAACCCCCAAAGAGAUGAUUUGUUCCCAAUUGACAUAAAAAAUAAGAUCAGACAAAGUGUUUGUUCCACAUUAAGUAGGCUGACGAUGCACAGUAAAAAAGCAGUAAACUUAUUUUGUCAGAUUUUAUUUUUGCUAGCAAUAGCAUCGUGUCAUAAUGUGCAAAUGCUGGGGUGUAAAUGUGUUAUAUGAACAGUAAUCCUGAGCUCCAGAAAAUAACAAAUCUCUGCUUUAUCUUACAGCUGAAGAAGGUCCCUAUAGUGGACACACACUGUUAAAUUGAAGUUUUUUUCCCCAUAAAAAAAUUCCAGCCAUGAAGAAUAAUUUCCAAACUUUCCCAUUUUGCGUACAUUUCAACAAAAAUGUUAGAGGAAAAAUAUUUUUAAAAACUAAAAAUAGUCCAAUAUCCUGGUUGCACAAGAGCACACACGACAUUUUUUGGGCUUUAAUGAAUGUGAUAAACCUGAAAUAGAGUUCAGCUGUUCGUGAUCGAUUUCCUUGACAUUUCCAUCCUUUAGCCCAAUGCGAGGUUAUAGAGCUUCGAAAUCUUAUUGCAUAAAGGAGUCAGUUAUGAGAAGUGUAAGAAUAAAUAUACUCAUUGCUCAGUGACAGGAACCAAAACCAGAAGCCUUUCCAAAACUAAUUUAGACACUAGAGCGAAACUGGUCAGAGCCCAACACGUCUGUAAAGUAAUUUCCAGCCAGUACAAGUUAUAUUCUACUCAUGAAAACACUCUCGUGUAUUCAUCAUAUGUCUGAAAUAUGGAGGAAGUGCAGUUACAGCACAGACCACCACCAACUGAGAAAAAUUAAGUUGGCCGUAGGCAUUCUGUUUAAUCCCGCUCGAUUCUCAUCUCCCUUGAGUGCUCCUGCCUGGGCUUUCUCCCAUUGAACUGGAUUCCUCCAUUUUCACCUGGGUCUAUGAGCGAACAGAAGAAGUUGAGAAUGACGUUGAUUCUCUGCUGUGCUUUAGAAUUUAAGUCAUCCUGUAGUUUCAGUAAUGGCAGCGGAGAAAGUGAGUAAAGCCAUUCAGUCUAUGUUGACCAAGCUUCCACAUAUGGAAUUAGCUGCUUUGUUCAGCUCGAUCGCUUUUCUGUUCACGGUGGAGAAUGGUUGGUUACAGCACAAGCCAUUUCCAGUAAACUUCAUAGUAUCAGACUGGGGCAUUGCAUGCAAAUCUUGGGCAAACAUUAGCAAAACAGCAUGAAAUUUAAAACCCCAACAAUUAGGCUGGCUAAAAACGUUUCAAGUGAUUUGUCAUGGUCUUGAAAAGUUGGAAUUGUAUAAGGAACGUGCAGACUUUUGAGAGCCGCUGCAUAUCCCAGGGUUUGACAAUACGUAGCCAAAGUGACAAAGCCAAACAUGUUAUGCUCUCCGGAUGCUACCCCAAUGAAAGCAGGGCUGGCGCAGGGUGAGUGAAAGGUGAGAAAACCUCAGUGAACUGGGUCGCCUGUCACAGAUGUAUGCACUUUCACUGAUCUGCCCUGGGGAAAUGAACCAGGAUCCAGGUGAGGGGUUCUGAACAAGCAUGCGAGUUUGAACCACAAGUCACAGUCUGUCAGCUGAAGGCGUUUGGUGGUCUGGAGUGUGUGUGUGUGUGUUGUUGUGGUUUUGUCUUUUUCCUUUACUUGACGGAGCACUUCACACCUCGGUCGGGGUCAGAGUCCACACCACUAUGAACCUGGUGCUCCCCCUGUGACCAAGUCACUUGAGACUGGAAUAACAUCAUCCCAUUCAGUUUGACAGGCUCACGCACAGAAACGCGUUCUGAGAAUGGUGAAGGUCAACUGUCUGGUCGACUGGAUACACUGACCUUAUUGAACUGGAAUUUAUGACCGCAACACUUUGUCUCCUUUUAACAUCAAGUAUAUUCCACAAAUUUGUUUCAUAAAAUUAUUUAUUUCACAUCUGUGUACAUACCGACCUACGAUGAAUUUUGUAAAAACGGUUUCAGCUGCUUUAGCGUUUCUUUAAUAAAAUUAGUUUGUGCAGCUUCUGUCCUUCGGUAUCAAUAAUCCUGCAAAACAAAAUCAUUUCACAGGUUUGAUUUAACAUGUAGGAAGCUUUCAUGUCAGAUUUAGUCUUAAAUACAUUUAGAACAACAAACCCCCGCCCCCCAGCUUUAUUACUUUAAACUCCAACAUUAGGACAAAUAGCCAGUCGUCAGUGCUGCUGAGUCGUGAUCGGGUUCAACUGCAAGCAAUGUGACCAGAUGUAGAUGACUGGGUCAGUGAACGCAGUUUCCGGCGAGUUUCAUUGAGCUUGCAGUUUACAUAUGUCACAACCAAAUAUUAGCGAUUGGGUAAAAUCAGAUCCAGUUGUUCAAAACUUACAACAGAGUUCUCCACAAAGCGAUCGUUUAUCAAUAGGCGAGGGUCCAGAUUGUGUAUGAAACAAAACGUAGAACAAAGGGCUGGUUAAAAAAAAAAAGUUUAUAUGGAAAAAUAAUUAAAGAGGUUUUAUCUACUUGUCAUUGAUUGAGGUUCUGACCCGGGUUUGAGUCAGUUGACUCUUCUGACAUCAGAUUUUACAAUCCCUGAUUAAUGCAUAAUAACUAAGUAACCUUCUGCCUGCAUAUCAGGCUUAUUAGAAUCUCAUCGCUGCAUUUUCUUAUAAUAGAUUUUAUGAAAUUGCUUUAAGGCCUUGGCUGUCAAAUCUGGUACAGACUAAAAAACCUUGCACCAUCAAGAUAUAUAUAUAGGAUUAUAGUAGGUAUGAAACGUCCAAAGUUGGUAUGAAUUGAAUUGGUAGUUAGGUAGGAAUGGGUUUGUUCCCCAACAAAUGUCUCUAAAACAGGUGCAAAUUGCCACACAAUCUGUCCAAAACAUCCCAGAAUGUGAAGAAACGUCCUCCAACAUGUACAAUAGCAGUACUGGAGGUACAACCUGACACACUGUUGGUAUGAAACAUCCCCAAAGCAGCUCUGAAUGGAUGCAUGAGUCUUAGGAAGUGAUUACUGUAGGGACAAACAGUCAGGUAGGAACGCGCGCCUCGUUUGCAACGAGUGGUGCGGUUCGGUACGUGACUUUGUCUGUUUUUAGAACACACUACCCCUGGUGGGCCUUGCAGGUUGUCGGUUUCAUUGGCCAACGGUACGGUUGAGGUGAAGCUUCUGGCGUCACACAACACGUGGUGGAAAGACUCCUGAAUCCGUCGUACUGU